GCAGGGAGGCAGGCAGAGAAAAAAGCAGGGGAGAGGAAGAGAGAAAAAGGGAUCGCCGGGCUUUAGGUGCAAAUCUCUGGAUCGGAGGAAUCUGAGAAACGUCGGGCCGGAUUGUCCUGCUGCUCCGCCACACCUGCGUCUUAUUGACCCUCGCUCCAGACACAGUAAUAGCUUCGGAGCUGCCUCCCUCACCGAUACGUCAGCGCAAGUCCAGCACCUUCCCUGCAGCGUAGAUUCACAGCCAAACCGCUCUGAGGAUGGCUUCGGCAGGCCUCCUCUAUUAGACCCUGCAAAGGCACUGAGGAGGCAGCCAGAAACUGACACCCUCUGUAGCGUCUCUCCUUCACACGGUCCCGGCCCGGAAAAACGGCACACCCCCGCCAGCGAGGAUGACCGUGAGAGUCGUACCCGAGACCAUGUAGGAGGAUCAGGGGUUCCAGCCCGCAGCGACAGCUGUCAAUCAGAGCCAGCAGACUAUGGGAGGAGACAAGCCAGUGUGACACAAACCCAGACUCCUACUGACUCAGUGCAGAAAGGGGAAGAUCAGACUUUGGAGUGUGGCACCUUAAGAGUGCCUGACUCACCACCAGAGACAAGCGUUGCUGCUGCUGCCACCACCACCUCCACAAACCCCCACAGCCCAACUCAGGGUGCUCAACGACGCCCUCGAACUCGGGCCCCGCUGACCCCAGCUAUGCCCACUCUCCCGGAGGAAGAGGAGGACUCCCCCGAGGAGCUUGACAGCUCCUCCAGCUCGCCCAUCACUUGCACGCCUGUUGAAAAUAAAGUGGUUACUAUGCCCUUGCCAACACCUUCCAUCGUCUUCCCAAGACAAGAUAAUCCAGGAAGCCAAGACCCCAGUCCAUUAGAACUGGCCAGGCCACUUAGCCCGAGACCGCGACUGUCCCGAAACUCACCAUCCUCAGGGGGCCCCAUCACCACAGUUGACAGCACAGGUCAUGUGAUUGACCUGGUGAAGGAUCAGCUGCCUGACCUGCAGCUCUCUGCUGAGGACAAGAGGAAGAACCUGGAGCUGCUGGAGGAGGCCAAGAAAGUGAGCGACCGCUUCCUCACUCGCAGAGGAAGGAGGUCCACCUGCAGCCUGUCGGAGUCCCCCACAGGUCCUUCCCCCAACCUCACGCCGCACUCUUCUCCUGUGCCGUCCAGAAGCAGCUCCUUGACUGUGCCCCCGCAAACUGCUCCGGAGGAACCAGGAGUCAAUUACGUAAACCCGCCUGCCAAUCAGCUUCUGGAGGUGCGUGCGGUCGGGGAGCAGGAGGGCACAGGCCCACUGGAUCAAGAGAGCCUCAGAAAACUGGUGGACUGGAAGCCCAAAGAGAAGCGCAAGGUGUCCUCGGGCACGCUGUCCCCACGCCACGCAGCUCCUGGGACCACAGGGCAGGGCAGCGUGGAGCAGAAGGAGAGCGGAGACCCACGUCUGGGUGGCGAGAGGGGGAGGAAGGGCCCUGGAGCGGGAGAGGAAGAGGGCCCGGGUCGGGGUGUCCCGAGGAGGGGCCCAGAUGAUGAGGCGCCCGCUACGGGGGUCGCCAAACCCGUCCCCCGCUCCAACUCGCAGCAGGUGCCCUGUACUGCCGAAAUAAAGACCAUCGGCGCCUUCCCGCCCCUCAUGAGGGCCGUGUCCUGGGACACCGUCAGUUCCUUCCCCGCCAGGAAUGGGGCACAGGACUUAUCCCCCAAACAUGAGGAGGCCCUCACUUUCUUCGACAAGUCCAGUGACUCCUUGUUCAAGUCCUCUGGGUACAAGGACUUCCCCGUACAGCCGGUCAAGAUGCAGAAACUGGCCAAAAUGCGGGAGGAGCACAAGCUGAUCCGAAACCAGAGCAUUGUGGGAUCAAAGCUGCCAGACCUUAGCGAAACGGCCGAACAGGAAAGAGGCCCCUCCCCCUGUCCCCCUUUGGCAUCAGCCACGGAGGAGGAGGCUAAGGAGAAGUCAGACGUGAUGCCGAACAUUUCCGAUGUGAUGCUGCGCAAACUCAAACUGCACAGGGCUUUGCCGGGCAGCGCACCUCCGCUCACAGAAAAAGAGGUUGAGAACACGUUUGUGCAGCUGUCCUUGGCGUUCCGGAACGACAGCUACACCCUGGAGACACGACUACGGCAGGCGGAGAGGGAGCGCAACCUGACGGAGGAAAACACGGAGAAAGAACUGGAAGAAUUCAAAGGUUGCCUUAAGGGCUCGGCUAGCCUCUGGCAGACCUCCGAGCAGCGAGAGUCCUACCAGCGCCUCCUAGAGACGGUGGCGAUAUUGCACCGGCUGGCCACUCGUCUCUCCAGCCGAGCAGAGAUGGUGGGGGCAGUGCGGCAGGAGAAGCGCAUGAACAAGGCGACGGAGGUGAUGAUGCAGUACGUGGAGAACCUGAAGAGGACCUACGAGAAGGACCACGCCGAGCUGAUGGAGUUCAAGAAGCUGGCCAACCAGAACUCCAACCGCUGCUACGGGGGAUCCAUUGAUACUGGAGAUGAUGGUGUUCCCCGCACGUCAAGAUCGUUGUCUCUCACCCUGGGAAAGGCCCUUCCCCGAAGACGAGUCAGCGUCGCCGUGGUUCCCAAAUUCAACCUCCUGAACAUCCCUGGUCAGACCCCACAAACUGCCACCGGCCCUCCACUCCCAGUGCUGUGCGAAGCAAACAACUCAAAGUGUGGCCCUCCCACGGAACCCACGCAGCAGGCAGUGACUGACGGUGCAAAGGCCCCAGCAGACCAGGAAGUUGAGGCAUCUGCUCCAGCCAAAAUGCCAAGCAACCCUGGCGAGAUCAGCUCGGAAAUGAAGGCGAAGAUUGAGGAGGAUGCCUACAAAAAAGGGUACCAGGAAGGACUGAAGCGAUGUAAAGAACUUCAGGAGCUGAAGGAGGAGGAGGAGAAAGCAGAGGAGAGCCAAGAAGAGACAGAGGAGAAAGAGUGCAAGGAAGCCAAAGAAAAGAAGUGCAGCAGCAAGUAUGAAAAGGUGCUUGACGUUCUCGACAGGCUUUGUCCAAAGAUUUUCAGACAGAACCGACUCUUCUGGAUCGUCCUGACCCUGUUCGCGGUCACGUUCUUUGUGGUCAGCGUUUUUGCGUACUUCAAUGAUCGGCACAGUGAACUGGGAGACGUGUCUGCGGGAAAGACGAUGGGCCCGGGCAAAAAGAAGUUCUUUGGAUGGAACGUGAGAUUUCAGCCCAAAAACCCCACAACAGAAUAGCACAGGGCCCCACUUUCACACUCUGCAGACAAGAGAGACUCAAAACCAUCCAAAGACAAUCACAAUAUAUCUUCAAGUCCGGGACACUGUCUUGAAUAUCUGAUUUUUAAAUAUUAAGCAUUGAGGCGAUGAAGCUUUUGGAACCACUGGACUUUAUGUUUUAAUAAUAAAAUGCCCAGACUAUUAGAGAGGGGAAAAUGGAUCCCAAUAAGAUGAACCAUUAUUAAGGGACCAAGUGUGCAACUGUUUUUAAUUUAAGUGGAUGAACAUCCUGGCAAUGACCUGCAUUUGAAUGUCUUACACAACCACUCUUUCACUUGGGUGGAGCUGUGGCCUUAUUACUGAUUAGGAAGGGAGGGGGCCACCCAAACAUGACAGAGGAACAUACCUGGUCAAGGGUCAAUGUAUGUCUUCUCAGGUUGAGUGAGGUAAAGUCCCAUCCAGUGAUUAUCAGAAGUAUUUAAAGAGACUCCAUUUUAUCUGUUGCUAAAGUAUUCUAUAUUGCAUAUUUAAACAGAGAACUUAUUUGAAAAUAUUGUUUUGAUAUUCCAAUUUAGUUCCUAAAGUGCAAUAUUUUUCUAGCAGAUUGUACACCAUUUCUGUUUGUGUUCUUUUUUGGGUUUGUUUUUCACAGCACUGAUCCCGUUAGUCUGGAGGGUUUAUGAAUAUAAAAGAGCACUUUUAAAAAAUAAUAACAAUAAAAAAGCAUGAGUUUUUUAUCCUGUUAAAAAGAUGCACAUGUGUGCUAGCAUUGUACUGUGUAAUG